AUGCCUGUUUAUUGUGAUCCUGAUGAUUAUUGGCUUUGUCCAUAUGAUCUUAAUCAUAAAGUAUUAGCAAAACGUUUUCAAUAUCAUAUUAUGAGAUGUGCUAAAGCUAAUCCACAUAUUCGUCGUGUUAAAUGUUCAUUUAAUGCAACACAUUUAACAACACCAAAUGAAUUAUUUAAACAUAUGUCAACUUGUCCAGAUAAUCAAACUGUACAUGAUGCUAUUGCUCGAGGCAUGAGUGAUUUUAAUUGGGAAGAUCAUUCAUCUGAUAAUAAUGAACGACAAAUGGCUGUUAUUAUGAAUGGUGAAGAUUGGGAUCGAGAAGCACAUACAGGAAAUAUUUUUAAUGAUGAUGAAUUACGACAACUUAAUGGACAAAAUGAGAUGUGGUCUCAUUCGAUAACACCAGCUGUACCAAGUACAACAAUUCCAUCUCGUCCUCAAUCAUCUUAUUUAGAUCGUGAUGGUAUAUUAUCAUCACGAGAAUCACCAAAACAAAUACCACAAACAAUAGCUUCAUAUGAACCAAAACGAACUAGUGUUUAUACUAUCGGUGGAUCAAUAAAUCAAUCAAAUAGUGUAGCAGAUGCUAGUCUUGAUUCACAAUUUGAAAAUAUUCGUCGAAAUAUGUUAGCAACUGGAGUUGGUCGUGGUCGAUUACCAACAACACCACAUCCGCCUGCAUUUAGUAAUCGUUCAGUUUCAUAUAUGUCUAAUUUAAUAAAUGAAUUACAAAAAUAUUUAGAUGAAUUUAAUGAAGGUAUAUUUUCUAUGAAUAGUUCAUUAUUAUGUAGUCUAUUAAGUAUAAGACAUAAAGUUCAUAUUGAAAAAUUUUCUUCAUCAAAUACAUGUGAUCUAUUUGAAAAAUAUGGUCGUGUUGUACAAGGUUGGAAUAUUAUAUUAACAAAUCAUAUUAAAAUAUGUCAAACAUCAUUAUAUAAAAUAUAUUUAAAUGAUAUAAUACAAUAUCAAUAUUUAGUUUGUCGUUCAUUACUUGAUCUUAUUAAAGAAAGUAAAAAUAAAAAUUGGCAUAUACCAAUUCUUAUAUUAACAUUAACUGAACUUCGUCUUUUAACUAAUUAUUUUACAAUAAAUAUAUCAACUGAUAUAAAUGGACGUAUAAGUCCACCAACACAACGUAUUGCUGAAUUAUCAAUAAAUAAUGAUCGACAAAUAUCUGAAACACAUGUAAAUAAAACAAUUGAAUUACUUACAGAAGCAUUUCGUGUAUGUACAAGUGAUCGUUGUACAGAACAACGUUUAUCAAAAAAAUGGGGAGCUAUACAAAUACUUAAUCAAUUACUUAAAUUAUGUCAUAGAAUAAAACGUUAUGAACUUGGUGAACAAUUACUUUCAUUUGCUGAACAAUCAUUAGAAUAUAGACAUUAUUUAUUAGAAGAUCAAAAAAUGACAUAUGAUUAUUUUUUAGGAAAAUCUGCCUUAUUCAAAGAUGAUUAUCGAAAAGCAACUGAAUGUUUUGAUCCAAUAUUUCAACGUUGUCCACAAUUUAUGAAAAAAAAUAAAUCAUCUAUAUUAAUUCAUUUAUGUAUAUCAAAAAUGCAAUUUGGUUAUACACCUUGUUUAAAAAUUAUUUUAAAAUAUAAAUUAAAUGCUUUUUAUGAUUUACUUAUAUCUAUUAAACAAGGACAAUUAUAUGAAUUUGAUCAAUAUAUUAAAAUAAUACAUCAUAAAUAUUUUUUAUCUAAAGGUUUAUUACUUCAUAUUGAAACAUUAUAUUUAUUGGCUGUACGAAAUCUUUUUCGUCAAGUAUGGUUAUUAAUGAAUAAAGAAAAUAAAAUAUCAAUUGAAAUAUUUACACGUGCAUUAGAAUGGAGUAAUCAUGGUCAAACAUGUGAUCAAAUAGAAUGUGCAACAUUAUUAGCUACAUUAAUUUGUCAAAAUCGUAUUAAAGCUUAUAUAUCUUAUAAACAUAUGAUAGUUGUAUUAAGUAAAGAAGAUCCAUUUCCUAAAAUACAACAGAUUAUUUAA